AUGCAUUGCCCAAUAUGUCACCAUAGAGCACAUGUAGUAUACUGUGCGCAUUGUAUUAAUACGAGCCCAAGCCUGCUACUGAAAUUGAAACUGGAUUUAAUUUUCUUAAAGGAUGAGAAUAAGGUACUUAAUGGGAAGGUCGAACGAAUACUAAACGAGGCCAUGAACUAUGAUCAGUUGGAUGUCAAAGCAUUGGAGAAAAGGAAAGACCCCUUGACGAAUAGUCUCAUGAAGUUAGAUGUUUUACGAAUGAAAAAGAAUAACAACCUUAUUAAGCACAGGAUAGAGCAGCUAAAUGAGCGGAUUUAUAGUAAAAGAGAUGAUAUUAGCAAAUUAAAGGUUGAAAUAGACAAUUAUAAACGCUAUAAGGUGGAGGCUGGUACGGACAAAUUAAGAGAGCAAGUGGAGAUUAAUGAUGCAAAGAACAAGCUAACACAAGUAUCCAAGAUUUGUGAAUCGGCUAGAGAUUACAAGCUCAAUCUGUUAAAUAACUGGUUUGUGAUCCAGAAACUGCAAGAUAAUUUCCAAAUACCGUUCUCUAUUGCCUUUCAACCGCUAAUAUCGUUGAAAAACUUCCGUGUUUUACCUCUUGCUAUAACAAAUGAUUCCAUUAAUAUCAUGUGGAAGUAUGUUACCUUCUUCUCCGAUAUUCUUAUGAUUAAACUGCCCUAUACCAACAACAGCAAUGGACAACCCAUGUUUGAAUUUUCCGAUGGCAUACAGUCAGUAGUACAAAGAUUGAUCAAGCUUAUCAUAAAUAUUUUACAAAUAUGUAGACAUUUGAAACUCGUACCCUCGACACCCAUGGACAUUCCGUGGCUACUGGACCAGUACGAUGUGGAUGGGCUGUUCUAUAAUAUGGUGAAACGGAACAAGAUGAAGUGCCGGUCCGUCUCGCUGUACUGGACUUUUGGGAUGUUGUACUCUAUGGUUUUGGAUAACAUGAAUAACCCGAGAAGAGGUCAUCCUGCGAGACGGACCGCACCACCUCCGGCACUCACAGGACCUCAUGACCGAUGGUACGUGGUAGGCUAG